AUGGCACACAUGAGGACCCAAAUAGAUCUACUCACGAAGCAUAUUAUUUCAAAGUCUGAAAAGGUAAAUGCUGUGGGACAGCUAAACAGGUAUGAAGGGGUGAAGGAGAUGAAAGGUGAUUUCUCCAGUAUGAGUCAACUGGUAGACUCUCACACCACCUCCAUCAAGCAAAUUGAGCAGCAAUUGAGGCAACUUUCAGCCUCAUUAAAUCAGAGGAAGAAUGGGUCACUACCAAGUGACACGAUCCAAAAUCCUAAGAUGGACGGGCAUUGCAUGGCUAUCACCACCAGGAGUGGUAAGAUUCUUAAUGACCCAAUUUCUGUAGGUAGUAAACAUGAGCAGGUCUUGGAGCAAGGUGGAAGAGAAGAGGAUGAAGCUGAACAAGUAGAUGACUUGGAUGAUGUUCAACCAAUAGUAAAAUCAGCAGGAGCAAAAGAAAAAGAGGUUGAGGGAACUAUGCCUUUACAUCAGAUCCUAAGACCACCUCCUUCUUUCCCUCAAAGGCGUAAAAAGAAAGCUAAGGAUGGGAAAUUCAUGAAAUUCAUCACCAUGCUGAGACAGCUAACAGUGAAUAUUCCACCAGUGGAAGCACUAAAGCAGAUGCCAAGAUAUGCCAAGUUCAUGAAAGACUUGGUCACAAAGAAAAGAGCUAUAAGUAUUGAUUUGACUGACAAUGUUCAUCACUAUAGUGCUAUUGCUACCGGGUCUCUGGCACAAAAGAAGGAGGAUCUGGGUGUAUUCACCAUACCGUGCAUCAUCAGAUCAAUCGAAUUUGUAAAGGCAUUGUGUGAUUUAAGAGCCAGUAUAAACUUGAUGCUGCUGGCCAUCUACAAGCAAUUGGGGUUAGAAGUUCCUAAACCCACAACAAUAAGGUUGAUGAUGUCAGAUAGGUCAGUGAAGCGACCUGUGGGCAUCCUAUGUGAUGUGCUCUUAAAGGUGGACACGUUCAUCUUUCUAGCAGACUUCGUAAUCUUGGAUUAUGAACUAGAUUUUGAGGUUCCCAUUAUUUUGGGAAGACCAUUUUUGGCCACUGGACGAGCAUUAGUAGAUGUUGAGAGAGGAGAACUGUAA